ACUUCCCAGAAUAUGAAAUGCAAAUGUGGGAAGGAUUUUACGUUCCUUCUGAAGGAUUGGGGAUCGCUCUUAUGCAGUCCUCUGGUUAGUGGAUCCCAUGAAAAGGAGAGUGGUAGUGAUACUGAAGUCCAAAAUGCAGAUGAUACAUUGGAAGGCUAUGUAGAGGAGACUGCAUCUUUUAUUAUUGCUGAGGAUCUAAAUGUAACUCCUGCUGAUUUGAAUACAAUAUUGCGUCUGCUAAAGAAUCUACGCUUUAAAGAUCCACCCCAGGAAUUCACCGUGGUUCUUGGUUCAAAUGAGAUUUUGGACCUGCUCAAGCGCAUGUUGACCUCGACCACAGCACUCACAGAUUUAUUGUUAAGGAAGGAACACAGCCUUGUGAAUUCCGAAACUCCAUUCAAGAUAACUGACGAGAGAAGAGGUAGAGAGAGCACUGGGACGAUGAAGAUGAAGGUAUUGAUCUCAAAAUCAAAGUCCAAGAUAUUGUUUGCUCAAGUUGGGGAAGAUUUCGUGGACCAGCUUCUUAGUUUCUUGACACUCCCACUAGGAGCUGUAGAGAGAGUUUUGGAAGGAAACUCUGGGUUGGUGUGUGUGGACAAAUUAUAUACCAGCUUGAACAACUUCGAUUCAACCGCAGACUUCAAGUUAGAGAAGAUGAAAAACAUGUUGGCCAACCUCAAGGUGGCCCCAUAUUUUAAGGUGAAUGACCAAAUGUUACCUAUCGAUGAAUUGAAGUGUCCGUCAGAGUUAAGCUAUUGUUACAGCCGAUUGGAUCGUUCAUAUUAUUUGACUGCCGAUGAAAGGUUGUAUAGUAAACCUGCUGCGAGAGGACUAAGAAUGUGUGACCCUAAGUCUCCAAUAAUGGAGGAAAACUCAGGGAAUGGAUAUGCAAAGAGUAGAACUAAGUUCAUGGUUGCCGAUGACUUGUCUGUGGAACCCUUUUCAUCUCACCAUGUUUUGUCAUCUUUAGCUAAAUUCAAGGUGCAUCACCAUGACUUGGACGAAAGAACAAUCUGCAUUGGGGCACAAGAGGUUCUGAGCAUCCUGAAAGCUUCCUUGGUCUCAACAUCAGCCUUGACAAUUGGUCUGAGCUUUUUUGACAAGUACUAAAAAGUUAGUACUACUACACAAUAAAGAAGAGAAGUGAAACAAAGACGACGGAAAGCAGAAAUAUGAUUGUUGCCGAAAUGGAAGCCUGAGAGCAACGUGGCUGCUGAGUAGUGAUCAGUUUCUUGAUUUACUUUCAUAUGGUGGCCUUGAUGUUUUGUACUGUUUUGAAGAAGUGUGAUGGCUUUUGAUUGAAUAGAUA